AUGUCCUAUAACAUGAACGAUUUACCACAAAUGCCAACGCCGCAGCAAGCUUCAUAUCAACAACAACAUCAAUAUCAACAACCUAAAAAGAAUCAUCAGAAAAGGGUUCCUCAAUCACGCACGGCUAGUUCUCAAUAUUCUGGAUCAUCAACUCCUCAACAACAACAUCCUCAACAACAUCCUCAACAACAUCCUCAGCAACAACAUCAGCCUUACUACAAUGGUCCACCGGAUUACUAUAGGCAACAACAACCACCACAGCAACCACAAUAUGUCCCUGCUCCUGUUUAUCAACAACCAGUACAACAUAUGCAAGCUCCACCACCACAACAACAUAUGUAUCAACCACAACAAUAUCAUCAUGCUCCUCCACCACAACAUCCACAACAACAACAACACAAGAUAUACCAACAACCUCCUCCACAAAGUCUAUCACAACCUCAAAUAAUACCGAAACAACAACACCAACCUCAACAACCAAUGCAACAACAACAAACACAUUAUCAUAGCCCACCUAAUAAAAGACCACCUCCUCCUUCAUCAACUGAAUCAUUACCACUCACAUCAAAGCAAAAACUAGAGAUUGAAUUACGAAGUGUAUUUGAAAAAGUUGAUACUAAUAAAUCAGGUAGAUUAUCAGGAAAAGAAUUAUCUUAUGCAUUAUUAAAUUUUGAUCAUACAAGAUUUCAAGAAUCAACAAUAAGGUUAAUGAUAAAUCUUUUCACUAAUAAAAAUGAUUCAUCUUCAUCAUCAUCUUCAUCAUCAUCAUCAUAUAAUUCAAAUAAAUCGUUAAAUUUUGAACAAUUUGUAUCAUUAUGGAAAUAUUUAUCAGCCUACAAGAAAUUAUUUAUUCAAGCAGAUUUAAAUAAAUCUGGUGAUAUAUCAUUUGGAGAAUUUCAAAAAAUUUUAGAACAAAUUGGUUAUAAAUUAGAUAUUGAUUUAAUUUUACAUCUUUUUUCAAAAUAUAGUGUUAAAAAUGAUGCUGGAGAAAUUGGUAGAUUAAAAUUUGAUUCAUUUAUUGAAUUAUUAGUUUAUUUAAGAAAAUUAACUGAUAUUUUUAAAAAAUAUGAUAAAGAUUUACUGGGAACUGCUACUAUUGGAUUUUCGGAUUUUUUAUUUGAAAUAAGUAAUUUAAGUUAA